CGUUAACAAAACAUAACCGGACGACUACCACAUUCACAACAAAAACAACCAAACACUUUAAUAAACAUUAUUUAAAUUUUUAAAUACCACAAAGGCUUUAAUUUAAACACAAAUAAAAAAAUAAAAACACGUUUUUAAUCUAUCGUCGCGAACUUUUUCGUAAUUUAAACAUCGAAUGUUUUUAUCCGGAAGUUACGUCGUACGUUGAGGCGAGCUCGUGAAUUGUAAUUCUGAAUUUGAAUAUUCGAACUGGAUUUUAGUGCUUGUGAUUGGUUGUGUAUUUUAAAAUAGGUUUUUGUUAAUUAAAUGGCGACCGAGGAAGCUGUGCCGGCGAAUGCUGUGGUGGGUGGCCGGGGCGCGCGGCAGUCUGCGGCCGGGCCGGACCGAGGUAUGUCGCGUCGGCCGCACCCCCGGCCGCGCCUACUGACGCGUCCCUGUCGCCAGGCUGCCCCAGAACCCACGCCAGCACCAGAUCCGACCCCACAGCAGCCUCCCGACCCGCAAUCGGACGACGAGCGAGAACCUGGCGACUGGCGGCCCUCCCGCCCCGCAACACCACCGCAGCGUACCGAUGACAUCUCUGAAGGAUCUGAAGCCACUACUAGACCAACAAGAGCUGAACCAGCAAGUCGAUACGCCAACCUCAACUACUGGAAAGCCAGAAGAGUUACCUUCUACAGAAAUGGGGACCCGUUUCAUCCUGGUGUUGAGUUUCGGUUCAAGCCGGGUCGAGAUCUGGCGUCUAUGGAUGCCCUUCUCGACAGGCUGUCAGAAAGACUGGAACUACCUCGAGGAGCGAGGUUCAUCUUCGGUAUGGAUGGUGACAGAAAGUACAGGCUUGAGGAGUUGGAAGACGGAGCCUCUUACGUUGUGUCAUCUUAUAAGACGUUCAAGGUGUGGCGUCCAAGCAGGUACCGGUGGCUGUCAGCUGCUGACAGCUCGAUGCUGGACAGCGAAGAAGAUUCGCCUUUCGUCGUCGUUUCGCUGCCAGUGAACUCCACUGAGCCAUUUAAAAAUUCUUACCUUGCCGUCGCGACGGUACCGAGUGAAAAGAAACAAAUGAAUAAGGCGGCGAGCUACGGCAAAAAGAACGGCAUGUGGUACGGUGGUACCACGACGGGUACCAGUGCCUGGUCACGAGCUGGUACUCGCAAGCAGUCGGUCGCGGAGUCCGACGCUCCUCCUCCGGGCGGCGGCAAGCCAGCCAGUGGCCGCGUGAUCAGGAUUAUUAAUAAUAUGGACCAUUCUAUACAGUGUCGUGUUUUAUUGAAUUUACGCACUACACAACCUUUUGAAGAAGUUUUGGAAGAUUUAGGCCAAGUGCUGAAGAUGAGCGGAGCUAAGAGGAUGUACACAAGCACUGGGCAAGAGGUCCGGAGUUUUUCUCAACUUCGGAACGAGUUCGCAGAUGUGGAGACGUUUUACUUGGGCUCUUUGAUUGUGGCUCCCGCCUUGAGUCCUGGUAUCAGCGCCCCAUUACCUAUUGAGUCACCCAUUAGAAGAUCUCGAUCAAGAGGUAACGUGGCGGCUGCGCCGAUGGCUGCGGAAGACAUGCGCGGGAGACGAGCGAGGAGCAAAAGUCGACCGCGGGUACUAUACGCGCCUGAAGGAGAAAUAGUUCGCAAUUCAGAUUACACUUUGCUGGAAGUUUUAAAAGAGGAGCCGAUCAGGGUUACAAUCAGAGGUCUUCGGCGCACUUUCUACCCCCCGAUACACCACGCACCGAUCGACAACUCCCCGCCAGAGAAGAAACUACAAUUAGAUUGGGUUUACGGCUAUCGUGGAUCGGAUUCGCGUCGCAACUUGUGGGUGUUACCGACUGGCGAGCUGCUGUACUACGUGGCGGCUGUCGCCAUAAUGUAUGACAGGGACGAAGAAUCCCAGCGACACUACACAGGACACACCGAGGACAUACAAUGCAUGGAACUCCAUCCAUCACGAGAGUUGGUGGCGAGUGGACAGCGCGCAGGUCGCGGCCGGAGAGCGCAGGCGCACGUCCGCAUAUGGAGCACCGACACGCUACAGACGCUGCAUGUGUUCGGCAUGGCCGAGUUUGAAGCUGGAGUCUCUGCUGUUGCAUUCUCGCAACUUAAUGGAGGCAGUUACGUGCUAGCGGUGGACGCUGGCCGCGAGAGUAUUCUCUCUGUGUGGCAGUGGCAGUGGGGGCAUUUACUAGGAAAAGUUGCGACUUUGCAAGAGGAGCUAACCGGUGCCGCGUUCCAUCCACUUGACGAUAACUUGCUCAUCACUCACGGAAAAGGACAUUUAGCGUUUUGGAAUCGUAGAAAAGAUGGAUUCUUUGAACGCACCGAUAUUAUUAAACCACCAUCGCGCACCCAUGUAACUGCAUUGCAGUUUGAACAAGACGGUGAUGUUGUAACUGCCGAUAGUGAUGGUUUUAUCACAAUAUACAGUGUCGAUAGUGAUGGAGCUUACUUUGUGCGAAUGGAAUUUGAGGCUCACAUUAAAGGCAUUAGUUCUUUGGUGAUGCUCUCUGAAGGGACUUUAAUAUCAGGAGGAGAAAAGGAUAGGAAAAUAGCAGCAUGGGAUUCUCUUCAAAAUUACAAGAGAAUAACAGAAACUAAGUUGCCUGAGUCUGUAGGUGGUGUUCGGAGUAUCUACCCACAAAGACCUGGCAGAAAUGAUGGUAACAUUUAUGUUGGUACUACACGCAACAAUAUUAUGGAAGGUUCUUUGCAAAGAAGAUUUAACCAGGUGGUGUUUGGACAUCACAAGCAACUGAUGGGUCUAGCCGUCCAUCCUGAUGAUGAAAUGUUUGCGACGGCUGGACACGACAAAAAUAUUGCUCUAUGGAAGGGUCAUAAACUUGUAUUUGCUACACAGGUUGGAUAUGAGUGUGUAUCUCUAGCGUGGCAUCCAAGUGGAGGCGCCCUGGCUGCAGGCAGCACUGAGGGUCAUCUCGUAGUUCUAAAUGCAGAUGCGGGGGCCCAUGUAGCCACAUUACGAGUUUGUGGCUCACCGCUCAGUUGUUUGGCAUAUAACUCCGCUGGCGACACUCUGGCAAUAGGGUCACAAAACGGUAGCAUUUAUUUGUUCCGUGUGUCCCGUGAUGGGUUUUCAUACAAGAAAUCGAAUAAAAUACGAGGAGCUCAAGCUCUCGUGCAACUUGACUGGAGUUUAGACGGGAAUUACUUACAAACUGUGACUGCGGAUUACGAUCUUGCCUUUUGGGAUAUUAAGUCUUUAUCACCAGAAAAGAGUCCUAUCGCCAUGAAAGAUGUUAAAUGGUCUACUUACAACUCUACUGUUGGAUUCCUUGUAUCAGGAAUGUGGAAUAAUCGAUUCUACCCAAUGACCACUCUAAUAUCUACGGCAAGUCGAUCUGCUGCUCAUGAUCUCCUUGUAAGUGGUGAUCUGGAUGGAUACGUGCGUUUGUUCAGGUAUCCUUGUGCAAGUCCAAAAGCAGAAUACAAUGAAAUGAAGGUAUACAGCGGUGCGAUAUACAGCGCCCGCUUCUUAUUCAAUGAUCGCUGCAUGAUCAGCGCUGGAGGAACUGAUGCUGCCUUAAUGCUGUGGGAUUUGGUGGAUGAUUAGCAUAAAGUGGCGCAGGGUCUACGGCCGCCCGCGGUUGUGGUAGCUCCUCCCACGCCCUCGCCGCCGCCCCACGCGCUUAUCUCUCAUCCCACUUUCAAAGUGCUGGAUUUUGAUGAACUGGAUUGAACCUGUCGAGGAACGUCCAUGGAUUUUACAGAUAUUGCGGUUUUAGCAUUAAAAGCAAUGAAUUUCAUAAUUGCAAUGCAAACAUACUUUGAGGAUGGUUAACAAGAUAUAAAUUCUUGUCAGAUAUCCCAGAAAUGUAACGAGACACGACACCUUUAUCAACUUUUAUCACAAAAAACAUCGAAGAUUACAUGAGAAUUUGUCUAUUAUAUUUUAAUUAAGUAGGUUUAUGUGACUCACUGCCAUUUUAAUGUUGCAUAUUAUAAUUAUAGAUGCGUAGUAUUAAUCACGCUACAAUGUUAAGAAAAAUAUAUUGGUCUGUUAAUAAAAAUUUAGCACAAAUUAAGAUAUAGGUGAAUGUUGGACAUUUUAUUAGACAAAGCAAAAUUUAUAAAUUAGCUACCGACUAUUAUGGUGCUGAUGAUUUAUCAAAUUAAAUAUUGUAUCUAUAUCUUCCAAUGCAAUACAUUUUCAUAUUAUUGAAAUUAAUCAAUACAGAAUUUGAUUUAAAAUCUAAGCUAAUGACACUGCAUAAUAAUUAUUUGAAUACUUUAUACAAAGCGUACAUUAAUCAUUGUAGGCAAAAGCACUAUUUACAUAUUAGAUAUACAACAUAAACGUAAUAAUAUUAUAUUAAUUAAGUAUAAAAUAUAUAUCACGAGGACUUCCGGAAUGUGGCAGGCCACAAACGAAAAUUUUGUAUGUUAAGUAUCUCCUCUUUUAAUUUGUCAUUUUUACAACAAACAUUGUAAACUAAUGCAUGGUUAGAAAAUAAAUAAAUAACAUAUUUAUGGAGCAGAAGACGCAAAACUCCGUUUUACUAAUUAAGUAUUAUGUAUACAAAAACAUAUUGAUCAUGGACCACCUGGAUGUGGUACUACAUUGACCCAAAACAUGAAAAUAUGAAAUCUUUCAGCCCCUGGAGCUAAUACUUUCAGAAAUAAAUAAAAUCUGAUCAUACCCACAUGAAUCCCGCAUGAUUUUCAAAAAUUUCAAAUUUAUUCAAGUCCAUCAAAGGGCUCUGAGUGCCUUAAACAUUAUUUUAUGUGGGUUAAUGUAGUGAAGUUAAAGGUUAACCUUUUAGGGAAGAAAAAAUAUAUCAUUAAUAAAUAUCUUAUCUAGUCGUCGUAUCUAAACUUAUUUAUAUUUUUAAUGCUUUAGUAAAACUAAAAUCUUCUCAAUGAUAUCAAUGCAUUUCACGAAGAAAAGCUUCUCAAUCACUAAAAUAUACUUUUAAUAUAGUAGUAGCUUUCAAUUUAUAAUGGUUAUUUUAUAGUUGUUUACAUUAAGUUAAUCUUAUUGAUAUACAUAUAUUCGUUUUAGAUUGUCCAAGACAAUUAACAUUUUACUAAACUUAUCAUUUUCAGUAGGGUACCAGCAAAACUUUCCUAAAUUUAAUUUCGAGGAUUAUCGAGGAUCUAUCCUAAAUUUUUUUUCAUGAAUAUUAAAAUGUUACUUAUUAUUACUUUAGACCUAAAUCUUUCAAAUUGUUCAACAUAGUAUUUAUUAUUAUUUACAACAUAGUGGUUUAAAAACUUAUUUUACUCAAUGUUUCAGAAAGGCAACCUGUUUUUAUAUACAUAAUAAUUAAAGAAUGAAUAAAAUUAAUAUCAGUUACCUUUAACGUGUUUUUAUUCAGAAACAUACUGCUUAAACCCCAUAAAAUAUCAAAUACAGAAAUUAAAUAAAUAUUAGUAAAUAAAGAAGGAACAUGGCAAGUUAAUUAAGUAUUUCGGUUUUCCUUUUUGGCAACCGAAUCUCCAAAACGAUGUUGUCGACUAUACUGCCAGUGUCG